AUGGCCGACGAACUACAAGCCUCGGAAGAUGCUGGUCAGCGGGUUUGGAUCAUUGGCCAUGUGCCUCCUGGCUGGAAUGGGAAUCAAGCCCUUCCGAACCCGACAAAUCUCUUCUAUCAAAUUGUCGAUCGCUAUUCACCUCACGUGAUUGCUGAAAUCUUCUUCGGCCAUACCCACGAGGACGAAUUCUCUAUCUACUACGCCAACAAUGGCACAAACAUAUCCGCUACAAGUGCUCUGACGACUGCAUGGACCGCCCCGUCCCUUACUCCGCUCAGCAACCUGAACUCUGGCUUCCGUGCCUAUGAUGUUGAUCCUGUCACAUUCAACAUCGUCGACUCGUUCACAUGGUUCUCUAACAUCUCGGCUGCCCCAGUACUGGAUAAUCAGACGACAUAUGGACCAACUUACACUUUUGAGUACUCCGCCCGCGAGGCAUAUGGAGCCAACAUAUCGUGGCCUACCGACGCACCCAUCAAUGCCACUUGGUGGCAUCUUGUUACCGAGCAGUGGCAGAUCAAUCCCAGUCUAGUGGGGAAAUUCACUGUUUACGAAGGUAAGAGUUCAGUCAAGACCACAAACUGUACCAGUACUGCGUGCGUGGAGUCCAAGAUUUGCUAUGCUCGAUCCGCAUCCGUCCCUAUUGCUGGCCUCUGCCCAUAUGGAUCUACAUAUGGCUCGGUUCAGUAA